CACCUGGGGAUUGAUGGUUCACGCAAUAUGCCCAGGUCAUAACAAAUCCCGAUUGGUCUUCCUCCAACACUGUCAGUUGGCAGUCGCAAAACUCCAUAACAUCUGAUCCAGCACGAACAUCUUCCCUCGCGAAGAUGUCUGAACCGCGGCCAAAGCGGCAGCGAGUUACGCCACGAAAUUCGAACGCAAAUGAGCUUGCUACUCAAGCUCAGACGCCCUACGCAAAUCUUCGUCAACUUGCUUCGUUGAUCAAAAAGCCCGCAGCGACUCCGUACAGGCGUGCUGUAUCUGCUGGGCCAGAGACGACACCAGGAACCGAACGUAGCGCGAACACGACACCAGGGACGCAGAAUAAGACACCGAGAUCUGUUGGAAGAACUGGCCUCUAUGCUAGACCUGUGAUCGCGCGUCGUGGUCCGCCAACAACACCGCAUGCGAUUCGGGCACUGCAGCAAAGACGCAAUGCUGCUAUCACACCAGGGAAGAAUAGAAGGCGGAGCGGCCGUAUGCAGAGGGAAACGCCUAGGGACACCUUGCGAGCAUUAAGUCGACUUCUUGCUCCUAAGAGCAAGCCUAUCGUUGCCACACCGCGUACAGGAGGACAAUCAAGAAGAAAUUCACUGUUGGACGACAUCGACGACGAAUCUGAUCCCCGACCACCGAGACUGUCUAUGCCUUUGGACUUUGAAUCCGAUGAUGAAGACGCGCCGCCACGCCUAUCAGCUUUGCCAGAAGAUCUCGACAACGACAACCUGACUGCAAACCUGACUGCGGUGUCUCUAGAGACGGGCCGUCGCGCUAUAAGCGAAGAUCCGAGAUACACAAGAAGGAGCCUGGGAAGGCUAAGUGAGCGAUUUCCGGGAAUCAAUGAUCUUAGCUUUGAUGCUGGAGAUGGUGCAGACCCCGACGCGACUUUCCUUCGCGAAAACAACCUGUUCGGCGAUAAUGGGGAUAUCAACAUCGAUGAUGGCACGAUCAACUUGGGCGACGAAGCAACAGCUGACCUACGCGCGCUAAUGGAAACAACAAGACAGCGGAGUAGAUACAGUGAUUUAGGAAUACCCGGGUUAGAUGACCAUGAUGAGCCAACAUUCCAAUUCAGAAUUGGAGGCCAGGAUCGACUUGCACAGCCAGUAUUCACCUAUCCGCCUAACGAGGAAGAUCAUGCAAGUGCGGCAAAUCUGGUAGAAGGCGAUGAGGCGGCAGCGGACUAUGAUGACGAGACAGCUCUGGUUGGAUUAGAAGAACCACAAUCUGAUGCAUCCGACGGAGAAGAGCCUAUACUACGUCAAGACUCAGUUGAACUAGCACAGGCUCCGGAAACGGAUGCUAAGAAGGUUCGCAGGUGUCGAAAGGAAGUGAAGGUGUCCAGAUAUGGCAUCGAAUACCCAUCCCUGCCAUCGAAUGUGGUAAAGAGGGUCGCAACAAGCUUUGCACGAAUACACGGAAACAGCAACACGAAACUCAACAAGGAGACGCUGGCAGCUAUCGUAGAGGCAUCAGACUGGUUUUUCGAGCAAGUGGGAGAGGACCUGGGCACGUAUGCAGUACAUGCUGGACGGAAGACCAUAGAAGAUAGCGACGUGAUGACACUGAUGAAGCGGCAGCGCCAGCUCAACGCAACAAACACGCCAUUCUUCCUGGCGCAGCGAUACCUGCCCCGGGAACUGUUACAAGAGAUGCGCAUGCCAGCACCCAAAGUCAAAUCAAAAGCGCAUAAGAGGAAACGAAGGCUGGAGACGGUCGAUGAAGAAGAUGACGAGGAGUGAAAGUAACUCCAACAAAGCCUUACGCACUAGUGCUUAUUAGUUAGUACACACGACUAUUGAUACCCCUUUCUACCAAAAAAACUAGCAUUUCCUACACUAUUCAACAUGAACAACACUACUAAGAAAGAAC